AUGGAGGAGGAGAAAAAGUCACGGAGAUCCCUCACAAGGAGUGACUGCGAACCCAGCCCAGGGAGCUGCAAAGAGGAAAGACCCUCCCUGAGCCAGGAAGGCGGCCGGAGAUCCAGGCAGAGCUCAGAGCUGGUGGAGAAGCCUCCUGGAGGGGAGAAGCCCCACAAGUGCUUGGAAUGUGGGAAGGGUUUCAGCUGCAGCCCCCAUCUCAUCAAACACCAGAUGAUCCACACUGGGGAAAAGCCCUACGAGUGUGGGAAAUGCAGGAAGAGCUUCAGAAACAUCUCCCACCUGAUGCGGCACCAGGUGAUCCACACAGGGGAACAGCCCUACACCUGCUUGGAAUGUGGGAAGAGCUUUGGGUGGAUGUGCCACCUGAGAAGCCACGAGGUCCUCCACACAAGGGAGAGGUCCUUCGAUUGUCCUGAGUGUGGGAAGAAUUUUAAGAGAAGCUCCGAUCUCCUCCAACAUGAGCGGAUUCACACACAGGAGAGGCCCUUCCACUGCCCCGACUGCGGGAAGGGAUUCAAACGCAACUCCGACCUCACCAAACACCGGCGCAUCCACACUGGGGAGAGGCCCUACGACCGUCCUGACUGUGGGAAGAGCUUCCCACAGAGCUCUCAUUUGACCCAACACCAACGGACUCCUGGAGGGGAGAAGCCCCACAAGUGCUUGGAAUGUGGGAAGGGUUUCAGCUGCAGCCCCCAUCUCAUCAAACACCAGAUGAUCCACACUGGGGAAAAGCCCUACGAGUGUGGGAAAUGCAGGAAGAGCUUCAGAAACAUCUCCCACCUGAUGCGGCACCAGGUGAUCCACACAGGGGAACAGCCCUACACCUGCUUGGAAUGUGGGAAGAGCUUUGGGUGGAUGUGCCACCUGAGAAGCCACGAGGUCCUCCACACAAGGGAGAGGUCCUUCGAUUGUCCUGAGUGUGGGAAGAAUUUUAAGAGAAGCUCCGAUCUCCUCCAACAUGAGCGGAUUCACACACAGGAGAGGCCCUUCCACUGCCCCGACUGCGGGAAGGGAUUCAAACGCAACUCCGACCUCACCAAACACCGGCGCAUCCACACUGGGGAGAGGCCCUACGACCGUCCUGACUGUGGGAAGAGCUUCCCACAGAGCUCUCAUUUGACCCAACACCAACGGAGGCUCCACAAUGGGGAGAGGCCCUUCAAGUGUCCUGUGUGUGGGAAGAGAUUCCAGACCAGCUCCAACCUCCUCCUACAUGAGCGGAUUCACACACAGGAGAGGCCCUUCCACUGCCCCGACUGCGGGAAGGGAUUCAACUGCAAUGACACCCUCACUCUCCACCGGCGCAUCCACACUGGGGAGAGGCCCUACGAGCGUCCUGACUGUGGGAAGAGCUUCUCACACAGCUCAAACUUGACACCAACGGAGGCUCCACUAAGGGAAGCCCUAACCCUGCCCUGCCCCGGCCCCGAGCGGCUCCGAACGGCCGGGCCCGCCCCGCUGCCCCCGGGAGCUGGGGGAAAAACAGCUGAGCCCGUUCUGGCAAGGCCCCCACAGCCUUGUCUGCUGGGCAGGGUGGAGGAAGAACCCCCGGCCCGCAGCUGGAAUUGA